UAUUGCAGAAGAGAAAAAUAUCUAACUCUUGUAACAAUGUCAAAAAAUACUGGUGCUAGCAAGUUUAGGAAGGUAAAUGUCGACGAGUAUGACGAAGAAAACUUUCAAGAUAACGAAGACACAGAUGUCGGUGAAGUUGGUCCCAAUGAAAACGAAGUUGUAAACUAUUUAAAUCAAUCCAAAAAUGUUGAAGCACUGAAAGCUGUCUUACAGAAUCCUCUGCAGGGUUGCAAAGACAAAAGAAUGAAGGACAAGGUAGUGCAGCUGGUUGUUCGAGUUCUGACUGCAUUUAAAACCAGUGAAAUUGAGAAGGGUGUAAAUGCCCUUGACAGUAAAUCAUUGGACAUUCUCAUGAAAUAUAUUUAUAGAGGAUUUGAAUUUCCAUCAGAAGGAAGCAGUGCUGCACUUCUAACAUGGCAUGAGAAGGUGUAUGCAGUUGGAGGGUCAGGCACCAUCAUCCGAGUUCUAACCGACAGGAGGAAUGUAUGAUGUCUUGUGCCAGACUUUUCAUAUAACACCCAAUCAGAGCUAUAUUAACUUAUACAAAUGUAUAUGAAGAUAGUUUAACUGUACAUCAUUUAAAUAAGAUGAUUGGAUCUAAGAGAGAAAGAGGGAGAAACCAUUGUGAUAAGAAUAAAUCAUGACACUAUAAUUGUUGAAGAAUUUUGGAUGGAUUUAUGAUAAUGUUGUUUAUCAUUCCUAAAGAUUUUACAAUUCUUAAUUUUGUUUCAAUUUUAUUUUAAUCCAUUCUUUCCUUUCUCUGGGACAAUAUGAAUUACACAUAUUUGUCUAAGUCAGUUUACAAUAUAUGUUGUAAUGUUUAUGAAAUUUCACACACUCCAGAAAACAAUCAUCUGUCAUUCUGCCUUCAUAUUUUGUUUUACCUAAAAUAAAUUAUUUAUGCAAUUUA